AUUUUUGAAUUCCCUUUCAACAAGUCUUCCACCAUGGUUCGCAUGUCCGUCCUCGCCGAUUGUCUUAAGACGAUGUACAACGCCGAAAAGCGCGGCAAGCGCCAGGUGUUGAUCCGCCCGUCGUCCAAGGUCAUCGUCAAGUUCCUCCAGUGCAUGCAGAAGAACGGCUACAUUGGCGAAUUCGAGAUCGUCGACGACCACCGCGCCGGCAAGAUCGUCGUCGAGCUCCGCGGCCGCAUCAACAAGUGCGGUGUCAUCUCGCCCCGCUUCGACAUCAAGCUCCAGGACAUGGAGAAGUGGAUCAACAACCUCCUCCCGUCGCGCCAGUUCGGCCACAUCGUCCUCUCGACGACGUACGGCAUCAUGGACCACAACGAAGCCCGCCGCAAGCACACGGGUGGCAAGGUCAUUGGUUUCUUCUACUAAACCAACUUCUCGGCUACGAUGGAAGGGAAUCUUGUUAGACUUUGGUAGCGAUCCGAUCUAACUAUCGUCAACCAGUCUACUCUCCUCAACA